AUGAUGGAACCCUUGGCUGCAGCUGAAGAGGUGGAGGUGGAGGAGGAAGCCGCAGCGGACGCUGGUGAAGGAAAUGAGGAGGAGGAGAGGGGUGAAAGGGAUGUUGUCCGUUUGGAAUGGCCCGAGGAGCCAUUGAGUCAAUAUGACUCCAGGCGGAUGGAGUUGACGCGAGAUGAAUACCAAUGGGCUGUGUCUCUGAAAGAAGCUGUCCAGAGUGAUCCAGAGCUGGAUGUGAUAUCGGAUUUCAUGCUGACCCAAAUUGCGGUUGUAGAAGAGGGAAACAUGGAAUCUGCCAUGGACCGGGUCUACAAACUUCAGCAUUACCGGCAAGAGUAUGACGUACUGGACAGCUUCUCUGAGUCAAAGAGAAGGUUGCGCGAACUUAUGAAACUCAUGCCAGGACACAUUCUCUAUUUGGGCUUCAGUCCACAAGACAGCAACUACAUGCUGGCUCUGGACUUUACCAAAGUGAAGGCCAGUGCAUUCACAAGUAUCGACGCAACAAAGUCAUACUUUGCAGGGCUUUAUUAUCUGCAUCACACCAUCAAUCCUGAUAUGGCAGCUGUGAGACAUGGUGCAAUCUUCCUCACUGAAUGGGAAGGUUAUGCCUGGAAGAGACCUCAAUUGAUUGAUCUCAAAAUCAUGAAAAGGUGUGCAAUGGAAGUAAGGAACUACCCAUUCUCGCUGCAUGUUUGCAAAUUGUACCACAGUGGUGUUCUGGUCAAUACAAUGGUAUCCGCUGUCCGGCGGUGUUGUCCUCCUUUGAAAAAAGUUGAAAUGGGAUGUGAUGACUUUGGUGAUAGGCUGGAUAAGAUAUUCAUGGUGCCGAAUGAAGAAGAGGCGACAGAAAGAUGCUAUCAACUGAUGGUACAGUCCCUCCACAGAAGAUACGAAAAUGAGCGGACCUUUAGACUUUGA